AUGAAACCUGAAUAAAUAUAAGAUAUACUUCCAAUAGUAAAGACAAAAGAAGAAGUUUAUUAAGAAAUGAGAUUAAGAUAUAAAAAUUCUUGGAAAAGUCCUGGAUAUAAAAACGAUGAAUUUAGUAAACCAACAUGUUUAAGGGGAAAUGUUUUGAGCGAAUGGUAAUACGAAAGAUGUUUUUUAGCAGAAAGAUCAUACAAACAUCCAAAAUAAUUUAAAGGAUUUAAAGGAUCUAUUUUUAGUAGAGAAUUUCCAGAACCUAGUGAUAAAGGAUUAUCUUAAUAAAUUUAGAAAUAUUUGUAAAUAUAACAAUAAAACACCAAGACUAUAGAUAUAGGCCUUCUAAAUAUGGAAAACAAAACUAGAUUUGAAGCUUGA